AUGACAGACCCUCCUUUGUUUAAUGUACCAAAUACGCGAAGACAGCAUAACCGACAGCUACCUUCAUUGGCAAUUCCACCAACCCACAAUAAUACUAAACCAAACUUACAAUUAAAUGCCGAGAAAUCGCAAGAUGUAGGGGAGGUGCGAUUCAGCCAGUUGAAUAUAGGCGAUUCGCAGCAAGACCCGCGAGUGCAAUCACAUUCACAUUCACAAUCACAAUCACAACCACAAUUGCCCUCUCAGUUUGCCAAACCACCCCCGGUAAUAAUGAACCCAAACUCCACAUCGUCGUCAUCUAUAUCAUCGUCCAGCCCAAACACCGCACAUUCUUCAACAUCCUCGAACUCUCCAAGAUUGAAAAGGAAACCACCACCAAUUUCGACAAAUACGUCUAAAGUUGAAGAAAACGAGAAGAUACGACUUUGGGAAACCCAGAAUGAAGACAGGGAACUACAUCGAUGUGAAGACUCAAAGCCAAAACCUGGCCCACUUUUGGAGAACAAACAGUAUCUCGAACAGCUAACUUCCCACGACUGGCAUAUUUGUGCAAAUAAUAAUCUUAUUGAAGAAGUGGGAAAAUUAGGCGAGGGAAAUGGAGGAUCAGUUACAAAAUGUCGAGUCCUGAGAUUGCAAAAGACACAAGUUUUUGCUUUAAAAAUGAUUAUUGCUGAUUCCAAUCCGGAUGUCCAGAAGCAGAUAUUUCGGGAAUUGGAUGUAGCCAAGAAGUGUCAACACCCAAACAUUGUUAAAUACUACGGCACGUUUCUUUUGGAGAGGCAGUCAAUGAUUGGAAUAGCGAUGGAGUACAUGGAUGGCCAUUCAUUGGAUGCGAUAUACAAAGAGGUUGCAAAACGAGACCAGACUAAUCGAAUUAGUGAAAAAGUUUUGGGUAAAGUCGCAAUCUCAAUCUUAUCGGGACUAGAUUACUUACAUCUGAAGAAUAUUAUACACAGAGAUAUCAAACCGUCAAAUGUUUUACUAGAUUCCAAGGGAAACGUCAAGCUAUGUGAUUUUGGUGUGAGUGGCGAGGCAGUUAAUUCCUUCGCAUCUACAUUUGUCGGUACACAAUACUAUAUGGCUCCAGAACGUAUCAUGGGUAAAAAUUAUUCAAUUUCCAGUGACAUUUGGUCGUUAGGAAUGUCUAUGUUGGAAGUUGCCAACGGAAAAUUCCCGAUUGACGUCUCACUAGGACCAAUUGAGGUGGUUGAGAUGGUGCUGAGAAGUGAAUUAACUUUGAAAGAUAGCGUAGCUGACAGUAUUUUUUGGUCUCCCGAGUUUAAGCGAUUCAUAGCUAGAUGUUUGAUUAAGGAGCCGCUGAAACGACCUAUACCGAGACUGCUUUUGGCCCAUGAUGAGUGGUGUUUGGCACAACUGAGAGAAAAGGUGAAGAUGGAUAAAUUUGUCACAGUUGUUUGGAAGUUGAAUGGGUAA